CAAUAAACCGGUUUUCAACUGAAAUUCCCAAACAGGGAAAAGAAAAACUCUAUACAGUAUAUAUACACACUCUACCAUUUUCGUCAUUGAAAUACUGCUGAAGAAAAACCAGAAGCAAAGAGAUGGCCACUAAAACGAGAUUGGCUUCGGUUGCAGUGUUAUGGUUUCUAGUUCUUUUUGGAACCUUAGCUAUAAUUCAGAAUCGAUUUAGCGAUGCUGGAGUUCCAGAGCCUAAGCUUAAUCAGGGUUUUGAUGAUGAUUCAGAAGAAAUUACGCAUAAAGUUUACUUUGAUGUUCAGAUUGAUGGAAAAUCUGCUGGUCGAAUAGUCAUAGGCCUAUUCGGCAAAACCGUUCCUAAAACCGCAGAGAACUUCCGUGCCCUUUGUACAGGGGAGAAAGGAGCCGGAAAGAGUGGGAAACCCCUCCAUUACAAAGGGAGCACGUUUCAUAGAAUUAUUCCAAGCUUUAUGAUCCAAGGUGGUGACUUUACUCGUGGCGACGGGCGAGGUGGAGAGUCGAUAUACGGUGAAAGGUUUGCCGAUGAGAAUUUCAAGCUUAAGCAUGAAGGACCUGGACGGCUUUCAAUGGCCAAUGCUGGACCAAACACCAAUGGAUCACAAUUCUUCAUCACAACCGUAACAACCGGCUGGUUGGACGGUCAUCAUGUCGUAUUCGGCAAGGUGAUCGCCGGAAUGGAUGUUGUCUUCAAGAUUGAAGCUCAAGGAAGACAAAGUGGGGUACCAAAAGCUAAAGUUGUCAUUGUAGAUAGUGGCGAAAUGCCUAUAUAAAUUCAUACACGCUUUGUUUCAAACUAAAUGCAUAUUUUUAGAUUCUGUUUUAAUUGAUAAUGUUUUCCGGUCA